AAUAUUUUGAUAUUUCUUAAUAAAGAACUAAACAUUUAAUGGGGUGUCCUAAUUUUUCACAUGACUGUAUGUUAGAGGAGAUGACUCAUAAUCAGCUGAUGAAACCUUUGCAUGUGUCCCUAAACUUUAUAUUUAAAGUAAUCUUAUAUUGUACCUUCUUUCCCUUCACCACUCUCUGCCGUGACUUUCUGUUCUCCCUCUGUCUCCCCCUUGAUUUUCAGUCAUGUAUUCUUACAUUUUUUUGGUUAUAGUAUAUAUGAUAAAAAAUACCUAGUGUCAGUACUGAUUGGUUUAACAAGGUUAAUGAGGAGUUAACAGCAGUAAAUAGGAUUGACCAUCUCUGCUGGGUAGUAGAUGACUGUGCUUUCCCACCUCUGUAGCCUUGUUACUGCUAGCCCAGCGAUUCUGUGGCAGCUGGCCUUGACUUUUGGUUUGUGCUACUUUCCAUUUGCCCAGGCACAAGGGUAAUGUUAGUGCCAGUACUCCUCAUGUUGAUGGAGACAAGGGACAGUAGAAGAGAGGCUGAUGUCCUUGGCCUAAAUCAUAUCUCUGGGUGCUAUCAUUUUGUACACCUUGCAGCAUCCUUUGGAAAUUUCACUUUAAUUUUUGACAUUUUAAAAUUGUUCUCAUUUACAUUGAUGUUUAUUUUGCCCAGAUGAAGUGUAACAUAGAUGUCAUUUGGCAGUCUAAUUAGACUGAAACCAUCGAUUCAAUUUUGUUACAAGCGUCGUGAAUGAGGCUAUUAAGGAAGAUCCCCUUAUAAUGUGAAUUCGUUGAUAUUUUUUUUAGGAAUAUUGCCAUGGCAACCAUGCACUACUGAGCCACCAUAAACAGUGGUUUUUCAUCCAACCUACACCUGUAUGGGUCCGAACGUGGAGACCGGCGGGGCUGAACGGCUCCCCUUAUUAAUGGGCUCCGGUGAUGGAGGUGCUCCACGCUGCAGCGCUGUACCCUCAUUGUUAUUCUACGGACGUAGGUUGCUCACAGCUCAGCAGUCCCACGACAUCUCCUCCAGACCUCCCAGCGCAUCCUUCAGCUUCGGCGCUUCAGUUUAUAUCUGACAGGCGCCUCUGUGGGGGGAGCGAAGGUCCUUCUGCGAAUCGCAGCAGCGGGUCGCUGUCUGGUCCGAGCUCACAGGACGUUGUGGGACCGAUAGGGCGGCGUGUGCUUCGGGGUAGCUGAGAUCGCAGACUCCGCUAAAUCAAGGUCCACUGGAUGAGAACCAUGAGCAAAGUGGGGGAAGAGUUGGACCACAUGAUACCAUGAAGAGAAGACUGCAGGUGCUGCUCUGCCAGCUGCUGAGUGUUCUCGUGAUCCUGCCCAAACCGGAGGCCUCAGAACAGGAGCCCUUGCAUGAAUCCACAGCUGUGACCUCCACGCAGCAUCCUGUCCUCCCUGUGGGCCUGCAGAGUGUUCCCAAAUCCACCCCCGUGGACCCACCUGCGAGCCGGAGCAGUGUACGGCCUACAGUGGCCCUCAGCUCCCCUGCCGCUAAGCCGCCAACGCUCGCUUCUCAGUCCGCUCACAGCACACUGCCGUACGUCGUCACCUCGCAGAAGGUGGCCGUUACCCCUCGUUUGGAAAGGAACAAGGGAGCAGCAUUCUCUCCACCCUCCCUAAGCCUCCAGGACGCUCCCCUGUCAGCUCCCCCCACCACAUCCAUUGUGAACAGCAAUCCCAGCCACACUGCGACAGGAAAUGACAUCACGACACACGGCGCUGCAGAUGCGUCUCCCAGUCUCGGCGAGGCGCCCCGUUCCAUGCAUCACCCAGACAAAGGCAGUGCGAAUGUAGCCUCACCCUGGAGGCACUCCCCCACCACUGUGGCCCCCUAUGUUGCCACCAGUUUCCUCAACAGACUGGUUCCAGUCCCUGAAUCUGGACCUACUGGCCCGGGUUAUGACCCGCCGCACUCACGGGGCACGCUCUGCCUGAGCAAGGCCGACAUAGCAUGGCUGGUGCUGGUCAUCACCGUGCCAGCUUCCUCCUGCUCCGUGCUCCUGACCAUCCUCUGCAUGAGGAGGAAGAAGCGGACGUCCAGUCAGGAGAACAACCUGAGCUACUGGAACGAUGCCAUCACCAUGGACUACUUCAACCGACAUGCAGUGGAGCUGCCGCGUGAGGUGCAGCCCCUGGAGACGGUGCAGGAGCAGGGAGCUGGUGCGCCCCCCAGUGGACACAUUGACAACGGCAUGGUGCUGGUCAACCCAUUCUGCCAGGAGACUCUGUUCAUCAACCAGAACACAGCAACAUCGUGAGACCGAACAAGAUAGAAAAAGCCGCCGUUUUUCCAAAGGUUUUCAAAAUACUGGCAUAUGUGAUAACCUGUAAUAAACGUCUGUUAUAUGUACAAACCUGCACACAUAUUGUGAAAAAGGAGGAUGAGUCUAUAAGGGUGCCCUGUGUAUGUUUCUGACGUGCUUUUUCUAUGACAGCUUAAUUGUAAAAUACAUUUAUAUGUCUUUUUUAGAAGUAUCCUUUCUUUGUUUUGUUAUAAGGUGAAGCUUAAAUGUGUAACAUAUAUGCUGUAGAGGGAUAAUAAGAUUAUAAUUAUAUGACUAUACAAUUCUGUAACCCAAGAUAAAAUAAGCCUGAUAACUUGAAAUCCAUUAGAAGACUGGGGAUGCUGAGGUGGCCUCCAGCCGCAGAGGAAGAACAGCUUCUCAGUGCUAGCGUUAGCUGUGUUCUGUAGAAACGAAAGCGCCGGGUGAAUUUUGACUUCUGAGGCCAGUGCGACGCCCUUUGGGAAGGCUCCUUGGAAGACAUGUUGCUACAGGAAUAUGUAGAGCGUAGCUUUCAUAAAUGGCACCAGUCAGAUGCACAUCAGAGGGCAGAACCCUUAACGUCUUAACGUCUUUAGCAUACUUCUAUAUGUACAUGUGCUCCUAUGUCUUUUGUCUCAUCCUUAUCCUGUGUGUGUGUGUGUGUGUGUGUGUGUGUGUGUGUGUGUGUGUGUGUUUAGUAUGGUGCAUGUGAUGAUGCAGGUUUCUUCUGGAGUAGGGUUUUUUUCUACAGGGAGGACGGAAAGUGACCUAUGGCUCUGAUUUGGAUUGGACAACCCUGACCCUGUUCUGUCCUGCAAGACACUGAGACCAAAAAGAGCAAAUGAUGCUUAUUAUUGCACUGCACUGUUUCUGAAAGCGAGGUUAACACUGACUCACAAAGAGGCAGUCAGCCAAUAAGAGCACUGGAUGCCUCAGAUGGGCCUCACAAAGAGGCAAUUAGCCAAUGAGAGCACUGGAUGCCUCACAUGGGCCUCACAAAGAGGCAGUCAGCCAGUAAGAGAACUGGAUGCCUAACAAAGAAGCAAUCAGCCAAUAAGAGCAGUGGAUGCCUCACGUGGGCGCACACCGCCAUUUUUGAUUGGCCUGUGGUUUCUUGGUUUCUGAUUGGUAAUACAUACCAGUUAAUGGAGGACAGGUAUAUAUACUGAGGCUCACUGUGUUGUGUGCAGUCAGGAAAAAACAAGGAAUAACAGACAAUUACUCCAUUAAUUUUAUUUACACCUUCUUUUCUUUUAACAUGUUUUAUUUUUCAUAGGAUUUCUCACUUAUCCAUCAUGUAAUAAAAGUGGUUUUAGGUUUCAGACACUGAUAGAAUAGAAAGAAGGCAGAUUUUUUAAAUUCUAAUUAUUAUUUUUAUAUAACAAACUGAAUAAAUGUUGGAUGUUAACCUUAUAUCUAUCUGCCUUUUUCUUUUGUAGUGUACACACUGUGGUUUUUCACGGUCAAACAAUAAACGACAUAAGAUUG